AUGCUGUCCUUGAACAACCUACAGAAUGUCAUCUACAACCCGAUAAUCCCCUACGUGGGGACCAUCCCUGAGCAGCUGGAUCCCGGAACUCUGAUCGUGAUCCGCGGGCACGUCCCUGGGGACUCAGACAGGUUCCAGGUGGAUUUGCAGAGCGGCAGCAGCGUCAACCCCCGCGCGGACGUCAUCUUCCACUUCAACCCGCGAUUCAAGAGGACCAACUGCAUUGUCUGCAACACCCUCAAGAACGAGAGGUGGGGGCGGGAGGAGAUCACCUACGACAUGCCCUUCGGGAAGGAGAAGUCCUUCGAGAUCGUCAUGAUGGUGCUGACGGACAAGUUCCAGGUGGCCGUCAACGGGAAGCACACGCUGCUCUACGCGCACAGGGUCAGCCCCGAGAAGAUCGACACGCUGGGCAUCUCGGGCAAAGUGCGCAUCCACUCGGUCGGCUUCAGCUUCAGCUCGGACUUACGGAGUGCCCAGGCACCCACUCUGGAAGUGGCCGUUCUGAAUGGAGAUGUACCAAACGCCGGCAUGUCACAAUUUCCUAGUAAUAGAGGCGACACUGGUAAAAUCGCACCCAGAACUGUCUACACCAAGAGCAAAGGUCCGGCUGCCCAUCACACUUUGACUUGCGCCAAAAUACUACCUAUCAACUGUUUGUCCAAGACGCUGCCUUUCGUGGCGAGGUUGAACACCUGCAUGGGCCCCGGACGGACCGUCGUCAUUAAAGGAGAAGUGAACGCCAAGGCCAAAGGCUUUAAUGUGGACCUGAUAUCAGGAAAAUCAAAGGAUAUCGCUCUCCACCUGAACCCACGCCUGAACAGUAAAGCAUUUGUAAGGAAUUCCUUCCUUCAGGAGUCCUGGGGAGAAGAGGAGAGAAACAUUACCUGUUUCCCGUUCAGUCCUGGGAUGUACUUUGAGAUGAUAAUUUAUUGCGACGUGAAAGAGUUCAAGGUGGCGGUGAACGGCGUCCACAGCCUGGAGUACAAGCACAGGUUUAAGGAGCUGCCCAGUAUCGACACCCUGGAGAUCGACGGAGACAUCCAGCUGCUGGAAGUGAGGAGCUGGUAG